GAAGGACCGUCCUGCACAGUCAGAGGGAGGAGAUAAUGACGGAGUGGAGGAGUGUCUGUCCGAGGCUCAGUCUGCUCAGCAGUCAGUCUCAGUGUGUCUGCCUCGCUGUCAGCAUGGAGCAGCGUCGCUGUGGAUUAUUGAUCGUCACCUUUCUGCUGCACGUCCACUGUUUGCACUCAGUUUACAUCACCCAGAGCACAGAUUCUCUCCAUCAGGUUCUGUCGGAGUUCGCCAUCAUUCGUCCAAUCAGGACAGACUCAGAGGGGCGCUUCCUGUCAGGUUCCAUCUCAGCUCGCCAGCUACAGCGCAGGAAAAGACACGCCCCCUUAGCAGAGGACACACCCACCGACUUUAAUGACAGACAUAUGGACACACCCUUUUCACAACAGGCUCCGCCCAGUCACGGUUGGUGGGGGCAGAGUCACAUGACAGAGGAGGCGGAGCUUUUCUAUAAUGUGACUGCCUUCGGGCAGGAACUGCACCUACACCUGCAUCCCAACUCUCGCCUCGUCGCCCCCACCGCCACCAUGGAGUGGGAGGAGUCAGGACAGCACCACUCUCAGCCAAUAGAAGACACCGGCUGCUUCUACACGGGAACUGUGUCCAACAUGGAGGGUACGUCAGUCGCCAUCAGCAACUGUGAUGGACUGGCAGGGAUGAUCCGCACCGGCGAGGACGAGUUUUUCAUCGAGCCGCUGGAUCGGUGGAGGCUGGGAGGAGCAGGAGGAGGAGAGGAAGAGGAGGUGGAGGAGGAGGGGCGGCGGCACAUCAUUUAUCGCUCCUCGGCCGUGAAGAAGAACUCAGCUGUCAAUCACACAGCCGAUGACUUCGUCCAAGGUUGGAUCUUUGCCUGCGUUAAUGAAGUCUAUCGAGACCACUCACUGGGUGCCAACAUCAACGUUGUCCUGGUCAGAAUCGCCCUGCUGUCACCAACCAAGUCCCAGGAGCUGAUCUCUGUGGGGAAUCCUCAGAAGAGUUUGGAGAACGUCUGUGGAUGGUCGUAUCUCCAGCACAGAGAGCAGAGUCUCGCUGAGCAGCACGACCACACCAUCUACCUGACCAGGCAGGAGUUCGGCCCCACCGGCAUGCGGGGUUACGCUCCAGUUACGGGCAUAUGCCAGCUGCAUCGAAGCUGUGUUCUCGUCAUGGAGGACGGAUUCACGUACGACUGUCUCCGUGACGACCCGUUCAACCACAACUGGCCGGCUCAGCCUCAGCUGCCGGGCUUCCAGUACUCCAUGGACCAACAGUGCCGCUUCGACUUUGGACCAGGAUACAGUCUCUGUACCGCAACAGAUGUGUUUCUGAAGGCUGAAGCAGUGAUGACGUUCAUGCUUCCUCUGACAUCAGCAGCCAAUGACCUUCUUAUCAUGUGUCUGCAGUACACGAACACUGACCCCUGCAAACAGCUGUGGUGCAGCGACUACAACAACCCGUUCUACUGUAAGACCAAGAAAGGCCCAUUGGGUAUGCAACACGACGGCGAGGCGAAUGACUGCAGUGACGACGUGCCUUUGGGCAGCAUCAUGUCUCCGCAGGUUCAGGCCACCUUCCACCGUUACCACUGGUCGAGGUGCAGCUGGAGGGAGCUGCACAAGUACCUGCACACGUACGACUGUCUCCGUGACGACCCGUUCAACCACAACUGGCCGGCUCAGCCUCAGCUGCCGGGCUUCCAGUACUCCAUGGACCAACAGUGCCGCUUCGACUUUGGACCAGGAUACAGUCUCUGUACCGCACUCCUGCAGCACGUUGGCUGCGAUGGUCAGAUUGCUUCAGACAAGCAGGAGGACCGAUGUGGAGUGUGUGGAGGAGAUAACUCCAGCUGUAAGAUCGUCAAAGGAAACUUCACCCGCAGCACCAAGAAACAAGGUUACCUGAAGAUCCUGGAGAUCCCCAAAGGAGCUCGACACCUGCUGAUCCAGGAGUUCAAGGGGACUCCUCACAUCCUGGCCAUGAAGAACCAGGACACGGGUCAUCUCUUCCUCAAUGACGAACACGAGCUCCCAGAAUCCAGAGCGGUGAUUGAAAAGGGCGUGGCCUGGGAGUACAGGAACACUGAAGAGGAAGAGGAGGAGUCUAUCCAAACCACCGGGCCGCUGAAGUAUGGAGUCAUGCUCAUGGUCCGUUCUCAUGGCGACUCAAAGGUGACGGUGUCCUAUAAGUACAUCAUCCAGGAUCGCCUGCGGUCCUCGCUGGAGUCCAACUUGGUGCAGGAGGACGCCAUCUUCUACGAGUGGGCCCUGAAGAAGUGGUCGCACUGCUCCAAACCCUGUGGAGGAGGUACCUGCUGGGUGACCGGAGACUGGGAGGACUGCAGCUCCUCCUGCGGUCAGACUGGGUGGCGGCGUCGCUGGGUGAACUGCCUGCAGAACUCCUCCAGGGGGCAGCAGCGGCGCUCUGUGCAUAGCAGGCUCUGCGGCGAUGACCGACCAGAGACUAAACAACCCUGUAACCGCUUCCCCUGCCCCGCUGUGUGGAGAGCCGGGCCCUGGACUCCGUGUUCGGUCUCAUGUGGGAACGGGACUCAGGAGCGUCAGGUCGCGUGCUCCGAUCCCGAGAGUUCAGCCGGAAACUGCAGCGAGCCUCGGCCAAUCACGACACGCACCUGCCUGGCUCCGCCCUGCGGUGGUGACCAGAAGAACGCCAUCAUUCAGUGGCUGUCCAGGUCCAACCCCAGCUUCCCGGCUCCAAAGAUCUCUUCAAGGCAGCCGUGCCGCGGCGACCGCUCGGCGUUCUGUCGAAUGGAGGCGCUGAGUCGGUACUGCUCUAUCAUCGGAUACCGCCAGAUGUGCUGCAAGUCCUGUAGUGAGGAUAACUUCAACAAUGCCACGAAAUCCAGAAUCUCCAGCAACUUCAGUGGCACCAUCACACGGACGGAGAGCAGCAGUUCUUGGAGGUUGACCACAGAGACAUCAGCGCUCACCUCCACCUGGUCCGACAGCGGCCGUGCCAUCAGUGAUGUCUUUCGUGACAUUGUGACCACCACCCCGACGCGCAGCUUCACUGUAACUCCGCCCCCAACCGGACGGAGCACCAGUGACUUUGUCUACGUGGAUUAUGAUGAGUACAGCGAGUACGCUUCCUACGAGGAUUCCUCCGGUCUGGAGCUUCCGGGUACUCCAACCACCGCUGACAGUAAAACUGUUACUACACAAACUGCUCCACACGUGUUCAGGAAGAAUUCUCCCACAAUGCCCCCUGCUGCAGUUACCAUGGAGACGGUUGACACUGAAGACCAAACGCCGGCGCCGGUUUGGACUCCUGCCAUCCCAGAGUUCUCCACCACAUCGUCGCCUGAUCCUGGUGACAACACCACAUCCUCAGGAGGGCGGAGCCUCCAAAGUCAAGUCAACCUGACCGAAGCUGAACCGGCGCCACCUUCAUCGUCCUUCCUCUCGCUACCAAAGAAAGAGAACAACUCGGUGGACGAGGUCCAGUACCAGAUCGUCGGACUUGACAGCGACGUUAGCCGAGGACAGCAGAAUUACUUUGUGCCGCGGAUGCCUCAGGUCCACGAGCGAACGCAUAACAAACGCAUCCAGCAGCUGCUGAACGAGAAACGACGGCAAAGCCGCAUCAGAGAGAGCCGGAGUGACAGGAAGCACUGAGCGCAGAGUUCCCCUGCCCAUUUGCUCAUCCCCACACGUGCGACGUCGCACUUCCUGCUAACGCUAAUGAGAAACAGACUGAAACAACCCGUGCUCGGAGCGGCCUUCGUCCACGAGAGGCGUGGACUCGACCCUCAGAAGGCCCCGGGUCUGUUUCACCAUCAUGUUUGUACCAAUAAUCCUGUUUCUGAAUAAAGUCUCAUCCAGCUGCUGCUGUGCCUCUGAAUCAUGAACAUCUGGAUCACGUUCACGCUUUCUGGUGUCAGGAACAUUUCGUGCUUUUGUCUUCUCUGAAACUCGACUGAUGAUUUCUGUUUGUGAAGUCAAAAUAAAACCCAGCCCUGUGUUAACAAAA